AUGCUGCGAACUGUACGCUCAAUUGGUGCACACAUUGUUUUUGUCACACUAAUGAUCACAACAGUUUUAUUCUUAUCCUUUUCACAGCUUGGAUUUAGCCGAUACAUUGAAAAAACACCAAUAACUGUAAGUGUUGAAGAUGUUAUUAUUGCUGUUAAAACAACUGGUAAAUAUCAUAGAAGUCGUGUAUUGGAUAUUGUUGAUACGUGGUUUCAGUUGGCACCAAAUAUUAUAUUUUUUGUGACAGAUACAGAAGACGAGUAUCUGAAUAAAAUUACUGGUAACAAAGUAAUACUAUGCGAUUGUCUACUUGGGCAUACCAGGGAAAGUUUAUGCUGUAAGAUGAAUGCUGAAUUAGAACUGUUUACAUCGGUAAAGUCUAGAUGGGGUUGCCAUUUUGAUGACGAUAACUAUGUUCACAUUGCGGAGCUGUUGAAACUGUUGGAAAAGUACGAUCCAUCAGCCGAUUGGUAUCUAGGCAAACCGUCAACUUUGGGACCAGUAAAUUUGGAGAAUGCAAAUGAUAAAGUGGAUUUUUGGUUUGCUACUGGUGGAGCCGGAUUUUGCUUAUCUCGAUCACUGCUCACUAAAAUGGUUUCAUAUAUUCGAAAUGGCGGAUUUGAGAUGCUUGGUGAACAGCUGAAACUACCCGAUGACAUCACACUUGGUUAUUUGAUCAAUCAUUUACUAAACGUCAAUCUUACAUUUAUUCAAAAAUUUCAUUCUCAUCUUGAACCACUACAGGAUAUUCCAGGUGAUGAUCUGCGUGAUCAGAUUAGUUUAAGCGCUGGUAGUUAUGUGAAAGGUGAACGAAAUUUGGUUAAUGUACCAGUAAUAUUUUCAACCAAAGAUGAUCCACGAAGAUUUCGUUCACUACACUGUUUUUUGUACACUGAUUCAUGUAAUCAGCGAUCGACACUUCCAAUAUUAAAAGUUACAUAA